AUGGCGAGACUCAACGAGCCACCCGUGUCUGCAGACAGCUUAGAAAUUCUGCGAAGGAAAUUUUUGCGACAAAAUCGUGACAUUGCUCGCGUCAACUCUACACAGUCGCUACGAAUCCGAAGUCUCGAGAAUGAGUGUGCGCGCCUACUAUCAGAGAAUCUAGAUCUGAGGGGACAGAUCCUUCGACUAGAGAAGGCGGCCGAGAACAAUCCUGCCGGUCGCAUCGCAGACCAUGCCUUGGAAAUCAAGGCAAAGAUGGAGCUUCAGCUACUCGAGUUGGGCUCUCUACUUGACAGUCUAGGCCUUGAGCCACCAAUGAAGAGAAGGUCGCCCAACAGGGGAGAGAGAAAAAUCGCGAAGCCCAGAAGAAGCAGUCUAGGCCAGAGCCCGCGCCAGAAGAAGACGAAGGAGAUGAGUAUUGAAGAGCAGGAGGCAUUGGCAGCACAAGAAGGCCGCCUACCUCCGAUUCACGAACACAAGUCCUACCCGCGCCAGACUUUGAAUCGCCGGGAGAUUCUUGCCUUAUGUUCGGAGGCCGAGGCCGAGGCUGAGACCUCAACCGACUCGCCAGUCUUGGGGCCACCACCGGUGUCGAAAUAUGUCGAAGAGGAGCCCGAAAAAGUAGAUUCGCCAAACACUGCCAGGCGUCUGCUUGUGUAUUCAGAUAUAACCGUCUCGGAGAAGACCAACCUGGCUCCUCCUAAAAUUGACCCACCGGAAAAAGCGCCUAUCCAGAGCCCUUCAAAAAAGGCAUCCCGAGGUCCAGAACCAAAAGUACACCCAGAACCGAAAGCCGAUGCGCUUCAGUCACCAAAGUUACUUGCGCCAGCGCCAGCGCCAGCGCCAGCGCCGGCGCCCGUGAAGCCCGAACUAACCGUUGCGAAAUGCGGAUCUAAGAGAAAACAAGCAGUCGCGGACGAGAAUGAGCCUCCCAGCUUCGCAAAGGACAACAACACCAUAUCUAGUUCCAUAUCGACCCCGGAGAAGCCAAAAUCAGCAACAGUGCGGGAAAUCAAGAACAGGAGGAAUUCUAGAGGCUUGCCUGGGGCACGAAGAGAAGCCCGGGACAGGAAGUCCAGCGCUGCUGCGCCUGCCCCGCCACGACCUGCGCUCGCUGCAAAGAGCACGAACGAGGAUGUAUCAUCGCCCAAGAAGCUCCCGGCCAAGGGAGCCGCUGUGGACUGUGAGAAACCCAGCAACAAGGCCAUCACUCAGAAAGAAGUCAAAACCAAGGCAGCGCCGCUGCAAGCCCAGGCAGAACCGAUUCCAAUACUGCCAAAGUCGCCUUCUCCACCGCGGGUGAUAAAUAUCCACCCAUCGGAACUCGCAGUUGCAGGCGCUGCCGCCCAGCUGCUCUCUCCAGGAACUCCUGGAAGGGCUGCUGCAAAGGAGACAUCCUGCGAGACGCCGCCACCCCUGGACAUUUCAUCAGGAGGCGACACUGCCAGACCGAGCAGGAGAGCCAGAGCGUCGGUCAGCUACGCGGAGCCAAACCUUAGGGAUAAGAUGCGACGGCCGAGCAAUGAACUAACGGAUGCCGUGUCUGGUAAGGCCAAGUACAAGCAACGGGCUUCUAUCAGCCACGACACGGCCCCGGCACCAAGAUCAGCAGCCAAAGAAAAACCGGCGGCAUGCACAUGA